AUGAUGCAGCAUUUAGACAUGGCUCUACUGUCGGCAUUUGUGGAGAGGUGGCAGCCAGACACAAACACCUUCCACAUGCCGUUUGGAGAGAUUUCCAUCCUUCUACACGAUGUGCAUCACAUUCUUCGGAUACCGGUUGACGGAGAGCUUUCCACAUGCCGUUUGGAGAGAUUUCCAUCCUUCUACACGAUGUGCAUCACAUUCUUCGGAUACCGGUUGACGGAGAGCUGA